AUGGCGACGCCGCGCGCGCGUCGUCCGCCGCGACCGCGCGCGCGGGCGCCCGCGUCGGCGACGGCGACGGAGGCGACGGCAUCGAUGGGGCUCGAACGCGAUGGGGCGACGCACGCGCGACGGAGCUCGAGCGUGGAUUUUAAAGAGCUCCUGGACACCGCGUCGCACUACGCGACGCACUUUGGACGACACGACGCGUACGCGGGCGGGGAGCAGGGACGGCCGCUCAUGCGGGGGUGGGUGCACUUCGCGUGUCUGGUGUCGGCGCUGACCGGACGGGUUCUGGGAUAUCACGCGCGCGUACCGGAGGAGGCGGUUUUGUUCAUUCAGUGCACGCUGUUGACGUACGCGCUGUCGGUGUGUCUGCACAUGGUGCCGUGGAAGACGCGGUUGGGGUACGACGUGGCGCUGGCGCUGGAUUUUAUUGGGAUAUCGUGGGGGUUCACGUCGCACACGAUUUUGUGGACCAAAGGCAUUCAUAGUUUCUCGCAGUGGGGGGCCGUGAUCACGUUCGGGUUGAUGGUGGCGAUGCAAGUGGCGGCGUUCACGCAGAAGAGUAAGCGGGUUUUGAUGUUCAUGCGUCGGCGACGAAUGACGCUUAUUUUGUUAAACAUUGUAUUCUUAGGCGUCGUCGAGUGGCGAGCGAUUCAAGACUUCAAGACGAUGCUCUUGAUACAGGUGCUCUCCAAGAUCGUGUCGCCUCUGUACUUUGUGAUGUGCGCGAGAUUUGAUGCGAAUCACAAGCCUUUCCUGGCUAUUCCAGGGGUGUGGGGACCGCACGAGAAUUGGCACGUCAUGAUUUUGGUCGUGCACCUGUUGCAGCUCAGAGCGCUCGUGGCACAAAAUCCGUGA